GCUCCCGUUUGCCCUGCGCAGGCGCACAAUCACGCAUGCGCAGUCCAACUUAGUCGGAGGACGCUGGUCAGGUAGCGACAGAUCCCACGUGCGCUUGUGCCGGUCUCUUUGACUGAAGGUUAAACGGUGCAGGCGGUUUCCCGAGUUUAAUCCUGACUCGGUGGGGUGUCAGACAGGCUGAAGAUACACGAUGGACCCCAUGAAAGCGCAGCAACUGGCGGCUGAACUCGAGGUGGAGAUGAUGGCAGACAUGUACAACCGAAUGACUAACGCAUGUCACAGGAAGUGUGUUCCUCCUCACUACAAGGAAGCAGAACUGUCAAAAGGUGAGGCAGUGUGUCUGGAUCGCUGUGUGGCCAAGUAUCUUGACUUGCACGAGAGGCUAGGCCGGAAACUCACUGAGCUCUCGGUACAGGACGAGGAGAUGAUGAGGAAAGCGGCCGCUGGUACCGGAUAAACCCACAAGGAUUCUCAAAAGGCAACAAAGUGUGGCCUGUGGGGGACUGAAGAGGGGACAGGAGAUGCACCAACCAAUAUUACAGACUUCUAAAAUAAAGUGGAGCUGGAGUGUAGUAAAGUGUGUGUGAAGACACUUCACCAGUCUUCAGUUAAAUCUCUGUCUUGGAGUGUGAAGUUGUGGUCAAUAAUAACUUGACCCAGAUUUGAUUUGCCCACAGGUUGCUCAUAAAAAUGCAGAAUCUUUUGUUGGAAUUGGUAAUCAGUGACUGUGACCUAAUUAAUUUACUUGUAUGUUAGUAAUUUGUCUAAAAUCUCAAAUGUGUGUGGACCAGGUUGUGCAUGAUGGACAUUGCCUUUCUGUGGGUUCUUCAUUGGUUUUCACCAGUGAGCCUUUUGUUUUCUUUUUAUAUUUCAGUUAGAACAAUUGCUAAUGACACUGUACAAAAUAUGAGCAGAUAUGUUUUAUUCAUGUUGAAGGACUCACAUUCACUGCGUAGUAUAAUUAAAUCUCUUAUGUCCUU